AUGGCUGUCGUUGUUCUGGUGGAUCCGGUUGUGGUUACCGGGCUCAAGGAAUUCUGUUUCGGAGAACCGAAUCAUACUCCACAACCUACACUCGGACUUGAGUUUAUCGGCACAGACUUUCCGCGAGAAGCGGCAAAUUUGCAUCGAGUGAACGCGAUUACGGUACGGCUGGGUUAUCCAUUGAUGCUAGCUGCUAACUAUGCCGCCAUUUGGUUACUCACGCUCAUUUGUGCUCAGAGAUUCCAGGUCGGCUUGAAUGUGAUUCGUUUCUGGAUUAUGAAAUGCAUUGCCGAUACACGGUGGAACGUUAGAUCGGGUUACGCGGAUGAUUUACUGUACAAAGUGAUACAGGAGGGAAUCGUCUACGGCUUAAUUGUCUAUGGCCUUCCUAUAUGCCUUCUAUUGUGGUUAAAUCUGAACAUUAUACAUCUAAUACGCGGUGAACAGCUCCAUGUGCAAGCGUCACGACGUUCAGCUGAGUAUCGCACAGCGUUGAUGACCGUUUGCGUUUUCGUAUUUUUCUUCCUAUGCACUACACUUUCCGUAUCGAUCAGGCUGUUCAUGAUAACGGCUGGUGGGCUCGUUGAUCCAUUGGAAUUGGUAUGGUUGGUCGACUUGUCAAAUUUGCUGAUGAAUAUUAAUGCACUAGUAACGCCUAUCAUUUGUUUUAUAUUUACUAGAGGAUUCAAGGACCUCUUCUUUGUGAUACGAUUUGCUCCGCCAAAAGGUUCAGUCGAUGAGAAGGAUUUUAGUACACAUUUUACGCCAAUGCUCUCUUCAUCAGAUUAUCAUCAUUUAUAG